AUAUCACAUGCAUGACUACGGAAGUUCAUCGCCAGUGAAGCAAAUUUUUGUGUCUGUUUAAGUUAAUAUAUAUAUAUACACACCAAUAGAAAUAUAUAAAGAUAUGAUAAAUGAAGAAAUGGACGAAUCUGAUCAAUUACUGGACGAAAAACUACUUGCUUUCAUGGACCAGCUGGAAUUACUGGAGGAAAAACGAGCUCGUCUCAAUUCACUCAUUGAGCAGGGAUGGUUUUUUAUUUCGAAGGCGCGAUUUUCUAUGGGAAAUAAACAAGUGUCAACUCUUCAGUAUGCAAGUGAGAUGACACCACUAGUUUCUCUUCACAUAAGAACACUUGAUCAUGGUAAUGUUGAGUUCUGCACGGAUGCACCCCAGCAUAAUAAAGAGUAUGAGCACAUGAAAACACCUGUUGAAGAUAUUGGCCCACAAACGGAAGGUGUCAAACAGAGAAGAAAAACAAGAAAAACCAACAUUGAAAAGGAGGCAGUAGAAGAAUUGAGCAGUAAAAAAAUGCCUCAGGAGCUUCCAGCUUUAAAAAGUGAACACAGUCCUCAGAAAAAUCCACUUCAAUGGUUUGGUAUUUUAGUACCACAAUCCCUGAAACAAGCCCAGGCAUCAUUCAAGCAAGUCAUUGAGCUGUCUGCUGAGAUUGCAACACUUCAGGUGCUGAUAUCGAACACUAGAAAAGAGCUAAAGCAAUGUUUUAAGGAAAAAGAUGAAAAAAAGGCAGAUGUUAAAGACUAAUAUUUGUGUUAUUUCUGCUAGAUUUAUUAGCCAAGCAUUUCUGUGAAUGUGUUGUUGACAUUGUUUAUUAAAUUAUACGAUUACUUUGGGCUGGAGGCUGGGUACACCCUGAACCAGUUGCUGGGCGAUUGCAGGUUACAAACAGCCACUCACACCUACAGACACUUCAGAGCAGAGGUGGGCAAACCUGUGCUCAAGGGCCGCAGCGGGUCCUGGUCUUUGUUACAACUGAUCCAGCACAGGGGCCUGGGGAAACAAGAAGCACCUCACUGCAAUUAACUGAUUGCACUUGUUAGACACCAGAUGGGUGAAAAAGUGUCCUCUUGAUUGGUUGCGACAAAAAAAACCCAUCCCCUGCGGCCCUUGUGGAAUAGUUUGCCCACCCCUGCUUUAGAGCAUUCCUAAGUUGUAUGGAAAAUCCUUAACAAUAAUAAAGGCUUACAUUUUGCAACAGCUUUGUUUAUAGAAUUCAUCCAAUCAACAGAGAAAAUGGUGGUGGCUACUGAAACACAUUUGUUGCAAAAUGGUAAAGACAAUAUGCUUCAUAACAACCGUGUGAGUUGGAUACCGUGUACAUGUUAGCAUCACACCCAUGUCUUUAAUAACGGCACAGAGAUGAAAUUGUUCUGACAGAUUUACAAAUUCAUACACAUGUCGGAAAUAACGCUGUAUAUUUUGCUGCCUAGUAUUGUGCGAAUGCAAAAUGUCUGCUAUUACCUCACACAUUACAUAUCCUUCUUGUCUUUUGCAACAGUACAGUUGGGCUUCAGUAGCGUAAUGUUUAAAAAAUAAUAAUAAAAAAAAGUUCAAAAUGAA